AUGGGUCUUGCGGGUACAAAAGUUAAGCAAAGAUUUGGGCUAGACCCUAGAAACACAAACUGGUCCAAUGACACAUCUAGAUUCGGGCACCAGUACUUAUCAAAAAUGGGUUGGGCUCCCGGUUCAGGUCUUGGGUUAGUCAAGGACUCUUUAACUACUCAUUUGAAAAUUCACAUCAAGACCGAUAACACGGGCUUAGGUGCCAAAUUGAAGAAAGCAGACAAAGACAAGAAUUUGGAUGAAUGCAGUGGACUCGAUGCAUUUCAACGAAUUUUGGGAAGAUUGAAUGGGAAUGAAGAGAAGGUCAAUAGUGUACUUGAUAAGAAGAGAAACGAUAACAUUUUGAAUGGGAAAUGGGGGAUGAGGUUUGUCAAGGGGGAAGUGUUACUGAGUACAUGGGACAAGGACAAUAAGAUGCUAAUUUCAUACAAGAAUAAGAGUCAGGAAGACACUAAAAAACGAGAUUUUGAGGAAGUGCAAGAGGAGGGGGAUGUACAGAAACCACUGGAGAAGAAGAUGAAGUUGGAAAAAGAUGAUUCUUAUGUUGUGCUGAGACCGAAAAAGGAGAAGAAGGAAAAGAAGAAUAAAGACAAGGUCUCGAAGUCCGAGAAGAAAGAGAAGAAGGACAAGGAAUCAAAAAAGAAAGAAAAGAAGGGAAAGGACAAGGACAAGGAAUCAAAAAAAGAGAAGAAAGAGAAGAAGGAAAAGGAGUCAAAGAAGGAUAAAAAGGAAAAGAAAGAUGGGAAAGUAAAGAAGAGCAAAUCUUCUAAAUCAACUAAAUAUGAUUCAAGUCGAGGCAAAGACUCGAUGAAUUCCAAACAAAGCCGGCUAGAGGCUGAAGUAGAUUCGUCCAUAUCCAAUCUCGAUUCACUGCUGUCUCGAGAUUCCACGCCCACACCAAUAGCAUCGAGAUUAUCAGGAAGAGCAAAAUACAUUAGACAAAAACGAGCCUCAGUAAUGGACCCCAAAGCAUUGAAUGAGAUUUUCAUGAUUUCUAAGUAG